UCGACGCCGACGCCCUGUCCCGCCACUUCAAGACAUGCCUCGAGUAUACAAACCCGGAAAGGUCGCCAUCGUGCUGUCCGGCCGCCAUGCAGGCAAGAAGGUCGUUGUGAUAAAGCAGCUCGAUGAGGGCACCAAGGAGCGCCCCUACCCCCAUGCCAUCGUUGCGGGCAUCGAGCGCUACCCAUUGAAGGUCACCAAGCGCAUGGGUGCGAAGAAACUUGCGAAGAGGAGCAAGGUCAAGCCUUUCAUUAAGGUUAUCAACUACUCCCACUUGUUCCCGACACGUUAUGCCCUUGAACUCGAGAGCUUGAAGGGAUCCGUACAGUCUGAGACCUUCAAGGAGCCCUCACAGCGUGAGGACGCAAAGAAGCUUAUCAAGAAGCAAUUGGAGGAAAGGCAUGCGGGUGGCAAGAACAAGUGGUUCUUCCAACCUCUUCACUUCUAGAUUCGGAUCGCUUUCUCUCGGGCUAUUGAGGAUGCCUUUUCAAAAUUCUCUCCCUGUACGCAUAUAACUCGUACCGAUGUGAUUAGUCCCGGGCCGCACGAUCCCAUCCUGCCUGGCGGCCUGCUUCUCAUUCCGCAUACCAGCUGGUCCCAUUCGGCACCCUUCUAUGGCCGGUGCUUCUCAUGUACUCUCCUCAAGUCUUUAUGCACUUAUGGCUCAUAGCAGCACUGCUUGGUUUGUUUGAGGGGCCUCAACUAUAUCCGGAAGUGGCUCCAAAUCUCG